AAUAUUUGGCGUGAUAUUUUUAAUUCUUUAAAUUAAUUUAGUUUCCAUAUGUCGAAAAAUUUGCACAAUUCUUGGCCAAUUCAUUGGGUUUACAGAAAAUCUUCGGGAGGUUUCUGUGCAUUUUAAUAAUAUGUUGGUGAUACAACUUUCAAAGAAAAUGCAAGAACUGACAGCGAUUAAAAUCGCAUCUGAGUUCAAUAAAUAUUCUUCACAGAAGAUGUUUCAUCUUACUUUAGUAAAUGUUAGAAAUGUCCAAUUGUACGUCAAGAGAUUAUUUGUUCCAACAAAUUUUAAUGUAAGGCAAUUGCGUUCGACUAGUUAUCAAACAGAAGAAAAAAAUAUUUUUUUGAGAAUUGCUAGUGGAAAUUUGGAUGUCAAUAUCAGUAACGAAUUUUCUGCAGAAAUGGAAGAGACCGUUAAAAAGAAACCGCCAAGUAAAACGUCCAUUCAAAUGAUUUUUACUGGAUUUCAUGAACAUAAUAGUGAUGUUUCUCCAGUUUUUAAAGAUUUACUUCCGUUGUAAACGGUCGAAUAUCAAGCACGAAAAGAUGAUAAAAUUCAACCACCAAAUGUAAUUAUUAAAUAUUAAGAACGAACAAAUUAAUCGUGGAUUGGCGUAGAUGGAUAAAUAAUUAGCCGAAAAGGAUAAACAUUUAGGAAGAGUAAUGAUCUACAUGAUGUAAUAUUUAUUGAAUGAUUGACAAGGAACCAAUAGGAUAAAU